UGGUAAGCUGUUGGCCACGGCGAGGGCGUAGUUAUCCUGAUAUUUUGGGAAAUUGUAGAAAGUCGUGUAUUUUCUCCUCAAUAACAUAUCUGGAAACACAUGAUAAUAAUCACAUUAUUCUAAAGUGAUAACCGGCUCAGUGUUAUUAUUAUUUUUUUUUUUGUAAAUGAGAGAAUUCGUUUGCUAGCUAGCUAUUCUUGUUAGCAUAGCAUAGACAUCCAAGGGAAUUCUGCAGAGAAACAACUCAAAUUGUCUGAAUUCUGGAAACAUGGAGUCAAUGAAAACUGCGCUCCGUUAAGUUUUGUGGAUGUUUGCAACCCCGAAGGAGAUUUACAAUAAACAUUUGAAACGGUUCAUUAGCUCGUUAGGACUUCAUAUAUAUUCGACGGGACACGUUUUAUAUUUGUUGGGGAGCUUGUUUUGGCGAUUUCGUUUUUGGGAAUGACAUUCAGGAUUGUCGGAGCAUACGAAGCAAAGUUUUCUACUGAAAGAGAUCCCGUUUUUGUUGGUACUGUAGAUAGCUAGCUAGCCACGGUUGGCCGAGACUCAGCAGCAAGGUACAGUAGUUAGCUAAUGUAUUCAGUCGGCUGAAUUUCAAUUAUUUACUUUGUUUCGUAGCUAGCUAUCACUCGUAACUUUUAAGGAAAACGUAUAUUAUUGGACACGUUUCGAGUCUACUGUGGGACAAGGCGUCCCCUUUUCCACUCCCUGGAGUUAAAUAACCGCUAGCUAAUGUUAGAGUCUGGCUAGCUUCAAGCUAACUGAACUGAAGCUCCUAACAAAUUUAGAGGGGCACAUUGGCUAGCAAGCUAAAUAGUGUAAUAGCUAGCUGGAAACAACUAAUGCAUUUGCUAAAGCUAGCGAAUCAAGCUAAGAAUAUUACCUAGUUGUUAUUUUUAUGCAAUAAUUACUAACUAGUUAGCUAAUUCACAACACGGGUUUCAACUCAGACUUGUCAGUUUUUAGAAAUUCUCAUGGUCACGAGGGGCUGGCUGUUCGUCCACGGAUAAAGGCAAAUCUGGAGGCUGGGAACUGCAAAUGGGACUGACUCGAUUUUCAACAUCUUUAAAAAAAGAUACGCUGACUGUUAUUACACCAGGCCAGGUUAACUGGUUGUAUUUUCUAUAGGGUUUUACAUUUAGAAAAAUAAGUGUGAUGCGAACCAUUUUGAUUGACGUCAAAGGAUUCGUACAUGAAGAUAGAUGCAGAAAGAGUGAAAGUGGAGCCUGUAUCGAUAUUUUCCAAGGGAACACAUCAUUGUCAAUAGGAACAUCAUCCCUGACCCUGGUGUCUUGUGCGAAAAAGUGGAGAGCUGCACGACGUAAGACGAGGGCUGAUUAGAGGUCCUAAUUUAUCUCAAGAAAUUGCUACAGCAGCGAAAAUUGCAUUAUCAGUGGCUUCACUGAAUACGUACCAUUUCAUUGCAAAGGAUUGCAAAACUAUUACAUUUAGGUCUUGAAAUCAGUAUUAGGACAUACCCAGACAUUAUUUUUCACUGGGAGUCUAUCGCCGACAAUGAAGGUGUUUUCAUAACGUUGUUAUUUGGAGAUUCAGCUCUCAAUGUUGUUGAUUUUUAUGUCAUCACCUUUUUCAUUCAUCUCAUCAACGUAGACGGAUGUUAGGGAAGGACUCCUCAAAGAGUCUGUCUUAUCAUACUUUGGAAAAUGAUAAUUGGAUGUAAAUCACAGCAAAUCUAGAAACGGAAGCCCAAUGAGCGACACACAGUCCAGUAUCACUGAUAGGUUUCCCAAUAAAGCAAACAGAAGCAGUAGCAUUUUCAGUAAAGACCACCCCCCUGACAAGAAACCCAAAAGUGAUAAACCGGCAGUCUCCGCUUCACAUGAGUUUGACCCUACAGAUGUUCUGGUGCAGAAGAGUGACUUUCUUCUAGCGGAGGGGAAGCCCGAGUCCUGUGGGCUUGUCCAGCGAUGUGUGAUCAUUCAGAAAGAUGAGAAUGGCUUUGGGCUGACUGUGAGCGGAGACAACCCAGUGUUUGUGCAGCUCGUCAAGGAAGAUGGCGCUGCAGAGCGUGCGGGUGUACAGACGGGUGACCGGAUCAUCAAGGUGAACGGGACCCUAGUAACACAUUCAAACCACGUGGAAGUAGUACAGCUCAUAAAAUCGGGCUCCUAUGUGGCCCUCACAGUGUUGGGGCGACCUCCUGGGUUGCCCCAGAUCCCCCUGUCGGAGGGCGAGGCUAAGUUGGGGUUCCCGGGGGCCCAGACAAGGUCAUCCUCUGUCACCUCUCCAAACUCCCCGGGACAGCCAACGGGGGAGCGCCCAUACAGCCCCCAUGACCGCAUCACCUCUCCUCUACUGAGAUGGGAAGAGAACAACAGCGUACACAACCAAAAGGUGGACAUCCUGCAGAAGAUGUUGUCCAAGGAGCAACAAGAUUUGCAGGCAAUGAAGGAGGAGUACAGCAGGAAUCCAACGCCCAAACUACUGAAGGACAUCCAGGAAGCCAAGAAGCACAUUCCACAGCUGCAGGGGCAGCUGAGUAAGGCCACUGGGGGAACACAGGAUGCCAUGCAAUUGGGCGACGGAGAUGACGGCAGCAUGGUGGACAUGGACCACACACCUUCCUCCAGGGGGGACAGUAGCAACGACCUCUCGUGGAGCAGCAGUACCAUGUCCCCUGAUCUCCGCGGUUUUGCACCUGCCUCCCCGGAGAGCCUGUACCAAAGAGACUUGUUGUCCUACCACAGCCCAAAGAGCACGCCCCAAGACCGCUUCAACUCUUGCCACUCCCCCGACCCAGAAGACACUCCAGACCUGGACUCCCUGUCCCCCUCCACUGUUAGCAGCCCCUUCUCACGCUUCGUCUCCCAGAUCAUCGGAGCUGAGGACGACUACUUUGACUCUGAUCAGGAACAGGUCAAUGGCCAGUGCAGCUGUUUCCAGAGCAUGGAGCUGCUCAAGUCCAGACCUGCCCACCUGGCAGCAUUCCUGCAUCAUGUCGUCUCACAGUUUGACCCUGCACCGCUGCUCUGCUACCUCUACGCUGACCUGUGCAAGCAGACCAACUCCAAAGAAACCAGACGGGUGUUCAUGGACUUCCACAACUUCUUCAUCGACCGGGGAGCUAAUUUAAAAGUAGUUGUUCCCGAGUCCAUCUCCUCUGACCUUGACCGGCGGAGGACGGAGCUGAUCCCUGAGGAGCUGAACAGACAGUACGUCCAGAUGGUGCAGGACACCCUGCUCCCUGACAUCCAGCGGAACCUGGAGGACUUCAGGCAGAAGCGCAGUAUGGGCCUAACCCUGGCAGAGGGGGAACUGGCCCGGCUGGACACGGAGCGCGUCAGAGACCGGGUAGCACUGGAGAGAGAACGCUCCUGUGCUGAAAACAUCAUCACCAAGAUAGAGGAUGUCCUGUUGACAACUCAAUCCACAGAGGAGGAGAAAUGCACUACUAUGCAGUACGUCAUCCUCACGUACAUGAAGCACCUUGGCGUGAAAGUCAAAGAACCACGCGGCCUUGAGUCCAAAUGGGUCCGCAUCAACUUCCUCCCCAAGAUCAAGAAGAGCAUCAAGACCGAGAAGGAGGGAGGGGAGGAGAAGGUGAAACGAACCAGGUUUCCCAGCAUCCUCGGGCCUCCACGCCGGCCGAGCCGCGUCGACCCCACGUCCGUCGGCAAGGCCAUGGACCUCAACAAGCCGCGGCCACAGAAGCAGCUGUCCCAGCCCUGCCUGGGGGCCCUGGAGCACCUGGAGGCGGGUCGCCUGAGGGCCAGUCAGUCCAGCGAGGGCUCAGAUCUCACACAUUCCUCCUCUACCAACGCCACCUCGCCACCCAACAGCACCACCAACAGCCAAGUCUCUGACGGAGGCAGCAGAGACUCUGAGUUUGUUGUGACCUCUAACUCUGCCUUCCCCAAACUGAGCGAGGGUCUUGGAGACCUGGACAGUCUACAGAACACUCCAAACACACACUUUGACUACAGCCUGAGCCCCUACAGCCUGGACCAGCUGCAGGAGGAGGACCGGGAGAGCGGGUUGGAUGGCCUUGGCUCUACAGAGGUGCAGAGUGAAGACGACCAAGGAGGAACGGACUCUGAGCACGACCCCCUCAACUGGCAGCAGCUAGUGGGACGAGAGGUCCUGGCCGGACUCAGGCCCCACGAGAUCAAGAGACAGGAAGUCAUUAACGAGCUGUUCUACACUGAGAGGGCCCACCUGCGGAUGCUCAAGGUGCUGGACAACAUCUUCUACCAGAAGCUCACCAGAGAGGCCAUACUGCCUCCUGCCGACGUCCAGACCAUCUUCACCAACCUGGAGGACAUUGUUCAACUGCAUGUUUUGAUAUCUGAGCAAAUGGCAACAAUUCGGAAAAGGAAUGAGACAUCCGUAAUCGACCAAAUAGGAGACGACUUGCUGUCCUGGUUCAGCGGGGGCGAGGAGGAGAAGAUCAAGCAGGCGGUGGGCACGUUCUGCAGCAACCAGCCCUUUGCUCUGGAGCUCAUCAAGAGCAGGCAGAAGAAGGACUCGCGCUUCACCUCCUUCAUGCAGGAGGCUGAGAGUAACCGACUGUGUCGAAGACUCCAACUGAAGGACAUCAUUCCUGUGGAGAUGCAGAGGCUCACCAAGUACCCUCUCCUACUGGAGAACAUCGCCAAGUACACAGAUGACACCGUGGAGAAAGAAAAGGUAAAGAAGGCGGGUGACUGCUGCAGGAAGAUUCUCAACCACGUCAACCAAGCUGUGAAGGAGUCUGAAAACAAACAGAGGCUGGAGGACUACCAGAGGAGGCUAGACCUCUCGUCUCUGAAGCAGACGGAGAACCCCAUGAUUUCAGAGCUCAAGAACCUGGACCUGACCAAGAAGAAGAUGGUCCACGAGGGACCACUGUCAUGGAAGGUCAACAAGGACAAGACUAUUGAGCUGUACACCUUGCUCCUGGAGGACAUCUUGGUACUGCUGCAGAAGCAAGACGAGCGCCUCAUCCUCAAGUGCCACAGCAAAAACCUGUCGGGCACCGCUGACACAAAGCACAUCUUCAGCCCCAUCAUCAAGCUCAACGCGGUGCUGGUGCGCUCUGUGGCCACAGACAACAAGUCGUUCUUUGUUCUCUCAAUGUCGGACAACGGGGCCCAGAUCUACGAGCUGAUGGCCCAGACCGUAUCAGAGCAGAGAAUGUGGCAGCGGCAGAUCACCCAGAGAGCGGACGCCAUGAAAGUGAAGCCGCACAGCAUCAUCCACUUACCUCAAACGGAUGGAGAGAGAGACGGUGUUGAGAUCAUCACUGCAGGCGUAGCCCGACUCAGUAAGGACCCGGACCGCAUCUCCUCUGGAAGCAGCCAGUCUAUAGAUAAAGAGUGCAGCGCUGCCCCUUGUGGCGUGAUGCAGACCCCUCUCCCAGAUGCCAACCUCUUUGUAGGACUCAAGGCCGAGGAGGAGCCCAGUCGGGAAGAGGGGCUUUAUGGGGACCCGGAUCGUGCAAAUAGUCUCCCCUUCCGCAUGGCCGUAGACGGGCUCAGCGAAUCGGAAGGGCUGGGCUUCAGUACUUCUAGAGCUGACGAUGCCUUAAAGACAUUGUCGGCGCUGAAGCAGGUCCUGGUGACCCAGCUGAUGUCGCAGGAGGAGUGUGAGCGUGCUGGGCGCACCUCCUCGGGGGGCGGCCGUCUUCUCAGGACCACGUCCCUGAGGACCCCCGUGGACAGCCGUGCCCGGGUGGCGGUGCAGAACGGCUCAGGGAGGUGCACCCAGGCCAGCCACCCCGAGGACCCGGCUCAGGACCUGGUGUCUGGGGACACGGGCUUCUUUGAGUCCCCUGAGGAUUAUGCAGGGUACCUGGUCCUGGAGGGCUACGGGGGCUUGGGGGAGAGCAGCACGGACGACGACCUCCAGUCCACGGGGAAGCAGCUGAGCGCCUCACGGGGCUGCGGGGCAGGAGACUCUGGGAUCAGCCUGAGGUUUUCCUCCGCCUCACAGGCAGGUAGCAUCUGCAGCUUCAGCCGACAGGUCCUGUCCCACCUCCGCAACCUGCAGACCAACCUCAACCACCUCAAGGAGGUAGAGGCCAAGUAUCACAGUCUACUACGCCUAAGGCCGGCCAGGUCAUCGACAGACGUGGAAGAUAACAAAGAUAAGAGAUAGCCGCGGAACUCCAAGCCCCUCCCUUCCCAGGCCUCUGCAUCAUGCAGUGAAGAUGGAAGAGUUGAUUUCUGCCUCCCUGCUGUCUUGUUGUUCUGGAUGUCCUCUAUUAGCUUGUCCACUCAACUGCUGAGUACCCCCCUCCUCCCACCGUGGUUCUCCCCGAGAGACUGAGCUUGAGCGAGAGACAGUUGGAGGAAGGGGGGAUUUCUCUGGAUUUCUCCCCCCGCCCCCUCCGUCAGCACAAGGCAAUCAGGGAAGAGGGACUGUCCCGAAUCCACUGCUGCGUGUCCCCACUCCAAUUGCUGUGGGUCGCCCAGUGCCUCCCCUCCCAUUUCUCUCUACUCCUAGUCAUCCCUGCAAGAAAGAGAACUAUACCAAAAUGUACAAAGCUGUGUGUUUAGGAUAUAUAUUAAAAACAGAAGCGAGAAGAAAAAGGAACAUUUUAAGAUUAUGUAUUAUGUUUUUUUUUAUCUCAAGAUGUAUUUAUUUUAUUUUUUGUGUUUUCCCGUGUUGCUUGCAUGCUUUUUUGGGCAAUUUCGACCUCCUUUUAGGCUGCUCCACCUGCGUUAGUGCGCACACUAUCCUAUCCUUAAUGAACACAGGAAGAAUAUGAUUGGACUGAGAGGGCAUAGUGGGCAUAGAGUUGCACUUUGUGUGGAGCCCCCAUAGGAUGGUGUUUAAGCAGCAUGGCAAAGUCAGGGGCUCUGUCCUGGUCCUCAGUGCAUUUUUACACCUAGCUAAAACUCAUCCCUCCCACUCCUGUUGGUAGUAAUUCCUGGUUUCCCUCUCUGUUCUGUCCAUGCUACUGCUGAUGUGCCAGUGAUCUGAUAAUGUCACAAAGUUCACACAUUUAUAAACUAUCAAGUUGGAAGGUUACGCAUAACUUUAAUAAAAAAUGCCAUGACACAUUUCUUAACCUAAACACGGUUUAUUCCUUUAGUCCUGUUCUCUUUGCUUAGUUUUAUUCCCAAUAUGGCUUUGUGGUCAGAAAUGGGGAUAGACUUCAAACGUUCUCACCUUCCCUUACUUCUGACCCUGUAGAUAAAUCACUAAAACUAUUUGAUAAACAAGGAGACAAGAUGGGUCAGAAAGAAACACCAAGUUACUUGGACUGCAGGACGUACUGCCCUGUGGCAGUGGGAGUUUUUUCAGCAGCAGAAUUUUCCGCCAAAGUGAGGUAACUAUUGGAGGACAAUGGAGUUAGCCUACUCAUGAAAUGUAACCAUCAUAGUAAAUGUACAGCCCUUUUCACUACAGUUUUGCUCAAUACUGACCAAUCAGGUAGGUAGUGAACAAAAUAGUGCAGCCUAUGAGUUUGACCAUGUAGGAACAUGUUGCUAAGCUUUUGUUAGGUAACUACAUUUGGUUUGACCCAUUAACAGUAGUUUUAUAUUUCUCAGAUUUCGAAUCCUCUUUUUUUUUAUUUUUUUUAUUUACUAUUACAUGGAAUACCAUUACUUAAUUAAUCAAGAAAAAGGCUAUCAGGUUGUCCUUGUUCUCCUAUAUGAAGAUGCAGUCACUUGACAUACGCCAGUAGGGGGCAGGCUUUUACCAUCUACCAGAUAGACAGAAGGAGGACCCACCCUGAAACCUGUGUUCUUUUGCUGCUAAAUUUGUAUCUAGUCUAUCAUUGUAUGAUUCAGCUCAAAGUAUCAAAUUAAAGAUUUUCUUCAGGCAUCUGUCUGAAAGCUCAGCUACUGUCUGAAAGGUUGAUAGCUAGAUAUCCCUGAGAGAAAAUGCUAUUGUACCCUGUUACUGCAAAGCAAUGUAAUGUCUGAAGAACUAAAUCUGCUUUGGAGUUUGACUUAUGUAGUUAUCAAGGGUUUUGAGUUAGAUCUAGACUGCCUGACAGUGUGUGCACAUUACUUGAUGAUUUUACAUCUCUUGCUGGAGAGGAAAGACCGAAGCCUCUACAAAGGGUUAACCUCUAAUUACUUCUCCUUUGAGUGACACAUCUCCUGCCUCUGCCUCUCCUCCUGAAGACAUUCUGCACCGAAAUGGAGACCGAGAAGAGAGAGGGAUGGUAAUUGAUUGUCACACUUUCCACAUGCAUCUGUCAAUUACCUAAUUGAAGUUCUAGACAGGUGUGCGCUGUCACAUCUGUUUGACAUAUCGACAAGCCCAUAGUUUUUCUUAUUCUGCCUCUUGGCAUAAUAUUAAGUUAUUGUGCCAAUGUAUAAGAUAUAUCCCUUGUGCCAAAUGUAUAAGAUAAGAUGGAAAUAGGAUCAAUGACUGAUCUAUGAGUAAAGGUGUGUUGAUGUCUA